AUGCACAAACCGACAGCUCGUCUCAUUCCCUUUAGUUUAGGAGCUGGCUUCCUCGUAUGGGUUCUGCUUUACUUCGCAUGGCCGCUGCUGGAACCACCACCCCUGCCUCCGGGAUUUCCGCGUCCACCUCGUCAUCCGAGCAAGACAUGGGGUCCUCGCGCCGACGCCGUGCGGCAUGCUUUCAUGUAUGCCUACACGGAGUACAAGGAGCAUGCGGGAAAUGACGACGAGCUGCUGCCCUUGUCAGAGGGCUCUGUGAACAACUUCAAUGGUUGGGGCUUGACCCUAAUCGAUAGCUUAGACACCAUGUGGAUCAUGGGUCUUCAUCACGAAUUCUACGACACGUUGCCCGUUGUAGCGAACAUGACCUUUGACAUGGAGGAGAAACGAUAUGCUCCCUUUUUUGAGACCGUUAUCCGGUACUUGGGCGGGCUACUGUCUGCCUACGCGCUCUCUCGUGAGCCGGUCUUUCUCGUCCGAGCAGACGAUCUCGGAAGCAGGCUCCUUCCCGCUCUGCGAACCAACUCGGGACUGCCUGAUUAUGCAGUCAAUACCGUCACCGGGCAGAGAUCAGGCGGCUGGACCAAAGGAACGGUACUAUGGGCUGAGGUCGCCAGCUGCCAGCUGGAGUACAAGUACCUGGCCCACUUGACUGGUCGGAGGCAAUAUUAUGAUAGCGUCGAACACAUCAUGGAUAUCAUGCGCGAUGCAAACAUUACCGAUGGAAUGUUCCCAACAAGGUGGAGUCUUUCGAAAGGAGUGCCGAUCAACAAGCAGUUCUCCGUCGGAGCAUUUGCCGAUAGUGCCCAUGAAUAUUUCCUGAAGCAGUGGCUCCUGACAUCAAAGUCUGAAACCAAGGCGCGUGACCUAUACAUCCGAGCAGUAAACAGCAUCAUCGAGAACCUCCUCUAUCUCAGUCGAUCUCGCCAGAUGCUCUACGUCACAGAUGUCACGAACGGCUCGCCUAGCCACCUCUUCGAGCACCUCUCCUGCUUCCUCCCAGGUCUCCUGGCUCUCGGCGCACAGACGCUCGAGCUCGGCCCCCGCGAUAGGCGGAUACACCAGUGGGCAGCGGAGGGCCUCGCGCAGACGUGCUGGCUGACCUACGCUGACCAUCCCACCGGCCUCGGGCCGGACAUCGUGCUCAUGGACCAGAUACGCAAGACCCCGGAGAACCCGCAUGGCGGACUGUGGAUCGCGCAUUUGGAGGAGUGGGAGGAUGCAGGCAAGCCAGGCGGCGUCCCGCCGGGCGUUGCGCCUAUUCGCCCCGCGAGGAAGGGCGAGCGGGACUACCGCUUGCGAAACGCUGGAUACUAUCUCAGACCAGAGACUGUGGAGAGCUUCUACAUCUUGUGGAGGACUACCGGUGAUGAGGUCUGGAGGGAGCGUGGGUGGGCGGUGUUCCAAGCGAUUGAGAAAGAAACGCGGACCGAUAAUGGCUACGCGAGUCUAGUCUCAGUCGACAAGUCACCGGCGACGAAGAAGAACGAGAUGCCGAGCUUCUUCCUGGCGGAGACGUUGAAGUACCUCUUCUUGCUCUUCACCGAUGAAGAGAUCGUUCCGUUGGAUCAAUGGGUGUUCAACACCGAGGCACAUCCCCUGCCCAUAUUCGAAUGGACUGCGCAAGAGAAGGAGGCAUAUGGGAUAUUGUGA